AUGACGGUAGAGAAGUGUGCUACCGCCUGCGCUGGUUACAAAUACUUCGGUCUUGAGUACGGGAGGGAGUGCUUUUGUGGCAAUACCAUCAACAGUGACAGUGUCGAGACACCCAUAGGAGACUGCUCUUUCCCCUGUCCUGGAAAUCCGUCUCAGAAAUGCGGCGCGGGCAAUCGGCUCAACAUGUACAGCUGCUCAGUGACCGCAACACAACCACUCCUCACUACCUACUCUACCCGAGGUUGUUACGUUGAGCCCCAAAACGGCCGGGCUUUGGCAAGUUUGUCCACGAGAGCCGAUGACAUGACAGUGGAGAAGUGCGCCACGUUUUGCGGCACUGCCGGAUAUCCUCUCUUUGGCUUGGAAUACUACACCGAGUGUUAUUGUGGGCAUGGUCUUGCGACCGGAGCCGUGUCUGCUCCGGCCACGGACUGCAAGUUUGCGUGCGCAGGCAAUCAAAACCAGUUGUGCGGAGGAGACUGGCGAUUGAACGUCUACGAAUUUGAUAAGGCCGGUGCAGCUUCGACCACCUCACCCACCGCUACAUCUUCCCCGUCUGCAGGUCCCGUCACAUUUACUAGCGAGGGUUGCUACACUGAGGCUCGCGGCGUCCGGGCUUUAAGUAACGCGUCGUAUUUUAACAACGCUAUGACUGUCGAGCUAUGCGCCUCUGUUUGCUCCAACUACGCCUGGUUUGGUGUUGAAUAUGGAAGGGAAUGCUAUUGCGGAAACACGAUCAACACGUCGUCGGGCAGUGCACCUACUAGUCUCUCAGAGUGCAGUUUCCCGUGCCCUGGAAACCCAUCGCAGAAAUGCGGAGCUGGGGAUCGGCUCAACAUGUAUCGCAACAUUCCCACCCAAGCUUCAACGAUCACAAGUUCUUCAUCGGCAACGGCUGUAACAACGUCGGCCAUUAUAUUAGUUGUACGUACUAUGCUUGAUUUUUUUGGACCUUAA